GCUGUGCCCAUCCGAGGAGGCCUCGCAGCCGCGCCGCCGCUCGGUAAAGGAGUGGGCGCUCGGGGAUUGAAACACUUUUGUUCUGAAAGCUAUCAUUGAACUUGCAUGGAUUUGGAAGUGAAAGGAGUUGCUGCAUCCCCUCGAAGGCAGGCUGAGCUGUCAUUGAGGGGAAAGAAAUGUCAGGGCUGGAGACCAGAUGCACGGGCUAGUCACAGUCCCCGCCCACCAGAGGUACCAUGCCUAGAUCUAGGGAAGCUGGGAGAUUCUGAUGAAGAGGAUGGGGACUCUUACAUACCGUACAGUGGAAGCUGUCCUCAUACAUGCCAGCUAGAUUCAUCUUCAGAUUGGAGAACGUCAUUACAAACGCCAUGUGCACAGCAUCAACAUGUGUCUAGACAAUUUGGUCAUAACAACAUGGAGAAGACAAGACCAGAAAAUCUGCCAUCCCCAACAGAUGGAUACAAACUGAAGCAUUAUCAGUGUGAACCAGAUACGAAGGAAGAAUAUGAGCAAUAUCCUCAGAGAAUUGCAGAAAAGAGGAAGGACCACCUCCAGUGUUCAGAUGCUUCAAUAAAGGUAGCUGGCAAAGUACUUGAAGAUGGACAUAAUGAUGAUCUUAUAGCUCUUGAUGAGAAAGCUCUCCUGCAACAAUGCUACACAAACAAGCCCUAUAAUAUGCAGCACAGUAUAAGGAAAUUGGAAGCUGAGGAUGUUGCUGCAGAGAGGAGAAAACAGGCUGUAGUAGAACAAGUGAUGGUGGAUCAGUUAUGUAGAGCUGUUAUAAGCGACCCAGAGCAGUCUACGCGUUCUGAUGUUUGCAAGGAAGCUCAAGGACUUCUGGGACUUGGGACAGCACCAGUGCAUUUUAGAAAAAGAAUACUGCAUGAAACCAAAAUAAGGACCAAAUCAGGAUUAACUGAAAAUAUGCUCUCUAACAAGCUACGCUUUGAUAGUAGGAUUAUAUCGAGAAAUGGCCGCGAUGCUUGUAGAGAGUUGAUUGGAUUUUUUUUCACAUGUGACAGAUCCCUCACUGUGUAUGAAUUUCGACAGUUUGGAAGAAACAGAACAAACGCCUUGCCUUUCAUUCAGAAGGGAGUUUAUCGACAUCAGCGUGGGCAAAGGAAGGGAAAAGCUUAUGAUCUGGGUGACCUCUAUGUUGGAGCUAAUCUAACUUUCCGAAGUGUUGAUCAUAACCUUCCAGAAAGCGUUAAACAGAACCCUGUCUUCACCCUUCGUGUGAUAAGUAUUGAUGAAGCAGCUAUGGAUUUUCUAAAAGCUUCUUCUGUGGAAUUCAAGCAACAAAGUUCCAAGCAAGCAGACAGCAAAGUUUUCAAGAAGAUUCAAGGUAUAUUCAGAGGGACACUAAGUAAAAGAGGAGUUCGGGUUAUAACGGGCUUAGGAAAGUAUUUCCGACAAGUAGACAAGAGCAGAAAUGGUUUUCUCUCUCAGGCAGCCUUUAAAGAAGCUCUAAGAGUAUUCCAUUUGGAAAUGCCUGAAGGGGACUUUGAAUCUUUAUGGCUUAUUCUUGAUGAUAGCAAGAGUGAUAAGGUCGACUAUGGAGAAUUUACUCGUGCCAUAUUUGGAGAAAUGAAUGAAUAUAGGAAAGCCUUUGUAAGAAAAGCUUAUAUGAAACUAGAUUUCAACAAAACUGGGAGUGUGCCUAUGGUGGACGUCAGGAAAUGUUACUGUGCAAAGAAACAUCCUCUAGUAUUGGCAGGCAAAGCUGCAGAAGAAGAAAUUAAAUCGUCAUUUCUAGAAACAUUAGGAGAGACCUGCAGCAACCCCAUUGAAGUGUCCUAUUCUGAGUUUGAAGAUUACUAUGAAGGAUUAAGUUUUGGAAUCGUGUGUGAUGAUGAUUUUGUUAAUAUCUUAAGGAACUCUUGGGGUGUUUAGAGUGGAAGAUGACAAAAAUGAAGAAGAAACAUUUUCUAAACAAGGAGUAACUAAAUAAGGGAGGAUUUAAUCUUGAUGUGCAUUGCUUUAUAAUUAGUGUGUUAAACUGAUGUCAGGAACUGAAAACUUUAGAUACUUUAAGAAUAAUAUAUGCCAAAUUUCUUGGAGUGUCUGUUCAGCUAUGCUAGCCACUCUGCUAAUACAAAUACUGUUUGUUUCAUUUCAUUGGAAAUAAUAAAGGCUGUUUCUUAUACCAAAAGCCACCUUUUUGAUAUUAGAAUAAAGUGGCAUAUUUUAAAAUAACUGGGAAUUAGAAUACUAAAAUGCAUGAAAGUGUAUAUGCAAGAGAAGAUUUUAUGAUGCAUUGUGAAAAGUUUUAGGUUCGACUGUAUAUCAAUGGUAACUUUUCUUAAGAAAGUUUCUUAUAACAUUCUUUGUCUUGUUUCUUGUUUCUUAUGGUAGCACUUAGCUUGAAAGAGAGCAGGUCAUACUUUUCCAGUUUUGAGGGUGUUUGCAGUACUGAAAGUGCAGAGACGUUCACAGCAACUAGCCCCUUGGCCUAUGGACCAUCUUGACUGAUCUUACUUGGUCAUUUUGGUCAAGAAUCCAAAGCUGAGCAUUGAAUCCCAAAGGUUUUAUAAAGCACACAUGAAUUUUAUAAUGCAUAUUAUAAAAUUUUAUAAUGCAUAUUCCUUUCCUACAUUUUGCUAAGUGGUUUUCUAAACAAAUAAGUUUUCUUUAUAUCCCUAGGAUUUUUUUUAACUAAUACUUAGCAAUUAUAUAUUUUGUCGAAUGGACAUAUAGCAUUUCAUAUCUACUCUGAAAGUAUAAAACAGAAAAGUAUUUAAAAAAAACCCCAAAACAACCACCUGUGUCACCACAAAAAUUAAAUCAUAAAAUAAUCCUUGCUACUUCAAAUAUUCAGACAGAUGCUUUUUUCAAUGUAAUACAUCUUGUUAAUUCUGUAAAAUUAUUAGUGUUAAGAAAUAAAAAAGUAUUGUUAAUUACACAGUGAGAGAGAGAUAGCCUUUGGUUUCAAUAGACCUGUCACUAAAAUUAACUGUAUGUUGAACUGCAUUUCUUAAGCCUAUACGAUUAAAAUGUAUUAGUUUCCUUA